AUGUAUAAUCAUCAACGACCGUACGGUGGUGGCCAUCGUGAAUUCAGCAUGAGCAGUACUAGCUAUCAGCAGCAACACGGCGGUGGUGCACGGCGACCUCCGGGCAAUCAGGGCGAUGCUCAUCGAGAUGGUUAUCGGGACCGAAACAACGAUCCCACCACUACCAGCACAUUUAAUCGUCCACGAGGCCGGCAAAAUCCUGAUGGAUAUCGUCAUAUUACGCCGGAAAAAAGUACCAUUCAAAUAGCUCAAGGAAAAAAAAUAUGGGAAUCUAUAAGUGAUGGAUGCUAA